AUGCAUUUGGGACGGCUGGGGUGCGCCAACACCGAGACAACAUCAGUGGAGCUUGCCUUGUCUCUCUAUUUUCUGGACUUGGGGGAGCUGAACUUGCGAUGGAACAGAACUUCGUUGCUUGCUGCUGGAUGUGUGAGAGGAUACAUCCUGGCGUGUGAUGCAGAUGAGAGUUGCCUCAAAGUGCUCAAGAGCCACAAACAUCCUCCUGAACACCUGGUUGACAACCUCUUGAAUUUCCUCACCCCGGCAUGUGUCAACAAGUGCCGCAGCGUCAUUGAGGGACAUCGUGUUCGAGCCGAGAAAAGCCACAAGAGCCUGGACAAAGAGAAAGAGAAACUCAAGAACAUUUCCGCCAAGAUGAAAGAGAGGCAAAAACAUCCAGAGUCGCUUGAGUUUCCUCAGCUCCAGAAAGCAAAGGAUUCGAAACAGAAGCAGGGAUUGACUGAGAAGAUUGUUGCCAUCCAAAGGGAAGUGAAGGACAUAGGGAAGUCUCUCAUCGUCACUUUGGUGCAAGUGAUGUCACGAAAGGGUCUGAAGAAGAAUGUGCAGACCACUGAUAGUUCCAAGGCGGGGACCAUCGAUCUGGACGAGUUGGCGGAGUUGUUUAAGACGCGGGAAGUGUUCAGCCUCUUCUGUUGCGGCAGUGUAUGCAAGGACUGGAGCACCAUGGGGAAUCAAAAGGGAUUCAACGGGACCUAUGUUCUGCUUUGUGCCAUCAUGUUUGCCCUGGUGGAGCGAGUGAAGCCAAAGGCCCUGCUUCAUGAGUGUACCGAAAGAUUCCCUGCAGAUAUCUUCGAGCAGGUCUUGAACGAGUACACUGACAACCACACCAUCAUGCAGUGUGCUAACUUCGGGGCGCCAGUCAAGCGAACCCGGGCCUAUGACUUCGUGGUGCACAAGUCCUUCGAGCUUCAGAAUGGGCUGAAUGAUCUUGGGAAGCUAUCCUCGAAAUGUUUCCUGGAUUCGUCGAUUUGGCUUCAAUCUUCAGACGCCGAGGUGCAGGCCUACAAGAAAGCCUUGGCCCACACUGCGAUGAAGAGUGCAGCCAGCGAGUGGCAAGACCUACUUCCAGCAUCAGCCUUUGCAAACUUGGAGUACCUGCACACUCGACCUUGGAUUCAAGACAGCCUCAAGACUUCGGAGGUUGCAGCAAACCUCGACCAGAACGCAAAGUUCCAAGAACAUGCAGGAGUUCAAAUGCCCUGCAUAUUGGCUUCGGUGUCCCACAUGUGGGCAUUGCGUGCGAACCGACCAUUCUUACCACAGGACUGA